AUGGAUGCUGCGCCGCCAAUGCCUCCGCCCGGAGUACCAGGCCUGCCGCCGCCGCCUGGAGGACUUCCAGGUGGCUUGCCAGGAGGGUUGCCUGGAGGACUUCCACUAAUGAUGAUGCCAGGCAGCUGUGCUGGCUGCCCCUCGAUGCCUGGCUUCUUACCGGUGCCCGGCGCGCCGGGUGGCCCUUGCGCACCCGGUGCAGGUGCUCCAGGCGCGCCAGGCGCGCCUGGAGUCUUUCCCGGCCUCAUGAUGCCACCGGGCUCUGCUCCGGGAUCGCUGCCGCCGGGCUUCGUCUUGCUCAAUGUCAGGCCACCAGCACCCGGCCGGACUGGUGAGGCAGAAAAGAAAAGAAAAAUCGAGCCACGUCGGAAGGACGUGUGGCCUGUCUUUGUGGGCAACAUCUCCUUCGACACGACCGAGGAAGAAAUUCGCGAACUCUUCGGUGAUAUCGAGGGCUUGGUGUCGUGGAGGCUGUCCAUACAAAAAGAUGGUGUGUCUCGAGGGUUCGGCUUCGCGGAGUUCAAGACUCCCGAGGGUGCGCUGGAGGGCAUCAAGAAAGUCGACGGCAUCGAAAUCAAAGGGCGAAAGCUGCGUCUACGAUGGGGAGAGAAUGCUCCAACUACUCCGGAGGUGGAUGAGUUCCAUCGGGCACCCGAGAGGUACAAGACACGACCCUGCUAUGAGGUAUUCAAGGGCCUACCUUGUCCUCGACCCGACAACUGUCCCUACGCGCAUGCGCAAUCAGAGAUCCGACAUCCGCGAGACAACGAAGAGAAGCCGGAGGAAAAACCCAUCGAUCCCAGGGACGUGGUCGUAAAGGUUGCCAUCCCCUUCAUGAAGUUUGAGGGUGAUGGACCUGAAGCGAAGCAGCGAGCUGCCGUGACCCCGGAGGAAGCAAGUUGCUGUAGAGCCCCCGGCCCCAACUGUGAUCUGAGUCCUGAGCCCACUGUGUAG